AGCACACAUGGCCGCAGCGAGUUUAUCUCGUCUGUGAAAACCCCUUGGUUAUUGUGAAUUUCUUAUCGUAGAUCAAUGCUUCACACUACGGUUGAUUUUUAACAUUUUUUGGAUUAAGCGCUGCUUUAAGCUUCGUCUAAGAAAGCAGACAUGGACCCAAACCUUAUUCAGAGGGUGGUGGAUUACCACGGUAAUGAGCUACUUGACCUGUUGGAAUCUGAUCAGACGCUCAGCAGCUUUCCUGUUCCCUCUGCCAUAGAAUACAGGCCACCAGAGGGCGAUCCCAAUGAUGAAGAAUUCAGGCGCAAGCUGAACCAUUUUUUGUCCCUUAAAUCAGACCUUCUGUACACGCCAUCUCUUCCCCCAGUGGUGGAGAUAGUUAAGAAUGAAAAGGCAGUGGAAGAUUAUUAUGCAGUGAUGCCUCCUCUAGAAGCCUUCAUGGGAGUCUCACCCAGCCAGUGCAGGAAACAUUUCUAUCAGUGCGCCCAGAAGAAUGACAUCUUUGUUGGCGUGGUGACAGCAGUACAGGAGAGUGGUCUGAUUAUUACUCUGCUGGCUUUAGACUAUGGAAAGGCUCGGGACAUAGACCAACUGAGGAUAACUGGUUUCUGUCCGCUGCGAGAAGUUCCCAGACUUUAUGCACACGAGAGUCCUCUUGAUGCCUUCACCAUCAAGGACAAGGUCAGAGGCAUAAUUCUACAAGUUGACCCUGACAAAGAGAAAAUAGUGGUGUCCCUGCAGGUGUCCGCACUGCCACCUGGUGUGGAAAAUCUGAAGAUUGGUUUGAUUGCAGAUGAGGAAAUGCCAGUCCACUAUCAACGCCUUACAAAGUCCUCUGGCAAGCCAUAUGAGGAGAUGCUGACGUCAGAGUUGGGUUUCAGUAACCCAAACUGUGUAUCCUUCUUGUGCAGUGUGUUGGGGUUGAGUGACGAGACACCACCAUCUUUAAUGAGAGGCCUUCAUAGGCUUAAAAUACCAGAGGCAGAAAUGGCAGAAGGAUUAAGAAAGAUCCAAACAACAAAGUGGGCUUUAAAAAGCGUUGCUGCUGGUAUCAGCCAUUUCAAAGAUGGCCGAUACGUAGAAGCUGUGCAGCACUUCAACAAAGCACUGGAAAUAGAUCCAGAAAAUGUGGAAGCUUUUGUAGCCAGGGGAGCUCUAUUUGCUAACAAUGAGAACUACUCCAAGGCCAUUGCGGAUUUUGAAAAGGCCUUGGCGCUUAAUCCCAGACACCAGAAUGCCAGGAAGUACCUCUGUGAGACACUGGUGGUGCAUGGGCGAAUCACUGAAGAUCAAGGAGACAAGGACCUUGCUAUGCAGUUUUUCGAACGCGCCUUGGAGUUAAAACCCGAUUUGAUCGAAGCUCGCGAUUGCAUUCGUCAUUUAAAACGUGAAGAAGAAUACCUGAGACAGCAAGAUAUAGAACAAAGACAUCAGUCUUAUCCUGAUGAUGAAGUUAUAGAUUUAAGGAGCAGUAGUCCCGUGAGGGACCCUUUGGCAAGGAAUCCUGAGAAACCAGUUUUUAAGGAGACUGCUGACACAUUGAGAAAGCUGAUAGAGGAAGAUAGGGAACAGGGCAGGCUGAAGAAAAAGAAAAAGAAAAGGAGCAGGUCGGGAGAAAAGUACCAUUCUCCUGAGCAGAGGAGAAAAGAUCACCAGAUGAGACAUCCAGAGAGAAGACAGUCAGGAGAAACAUACUCAGAAACCAAUGUGGAAAGGCAAGGCUAUGAGGAAAGAAGGCAAAUGGAUACCAAAGGUGCUUUUGAUGAAUAUGGAAAGAAAAGAUCCAGAGAUGAAAACGAUGAAGCUGAUUAUAGAGACAGAAAAAGAAGGAAAAGUUACAGAGAAGAAAGAGACAGUCAUUUACAUGAUCCUAAUAUGGACAAUCUAUUCACAGACAGCAGAGGUCAAGGUCAUGAUAGAGGUCAAGGUCAUGACAAUGUGACCUUGACCACAAGGUCGAUAACUGUUCACUCAGCAUCUCAGAGAAAAAGACAUGAUGGAGGUGAAAGUGAUUAUGACCCAAAGUACAGAAAAGUAGAUUCCCGAGAUAAGAAAUUUCACUACGACAAGUACGGUGACAUAGACAGACAUGGAGGUGAAGGGCAGCAUUACUUUCCAGAUACCAAAGCAUAUGUUGAUGAAGAUGCCCAGUACUAUAGACAUGAGGAGAGGAGAGACGUUUCAGGUGGCACCUCAGGACAUGGGUCAGAAAGAAGCCUUACACAUUUAUUGGUGGGGGAAGAAAAAUGGAAGCAAAAGCAGGAGCAAGGUUACUGGAAAGAGAGGGGAAAGAUGAGACAAAGAAGUAGGUCAAGGUCAGCAUCCCCUCAUGCCCAUCACCAUGAGAGAGAAUACAAUGAGGUAAGAGGUGUAAAUGACCAAGCUGAAACAAGAAGCGUGACUGUUACCAGCUACCUUAAAAAGUCAAGGUCACAUCGUGGUGGGUCAACAUCACCAACAGGUGACAUUUUGAGCCAACAUGGUCAGUCAGAUGCUUACGGAUCAUAUCCUGAAGAAGAUUUUGGAAAGGGUCAUGAUAAGAGAAAAAGUCACAGGUCAAGGUCACUUAAAGAAGAAGAUGAUUUCCACACCUAUCAGAAUACGAAGAAAAUGCACAACAAAGAUACUGAAACUAAGUACAAACCAAAUGAUCGUCCUAGAAAACCCAGCUUUGAAAAAAACAAAAGUGGUUUCAAGUCAAAAAGCGGAUACUCUGACCAAGAUGUGUACAGGAAGACCCCAUUGAAAGGCACUUGGGAUAGAGAACAUACCUCUCUGAAAGAAUAUGAGAGUAAAUAUAGAAAAAAAGACCAUGGAGAGGAUAGAAGUCCGUCUCCUGAUUCAAGAUCUAGAUCCAGCUCAAAGUCUGCUCAGAAACAUAGGGCAUCAACUUCAAGCUCAAAGUCAAGGUCAGAAACAAGGCAAAAGCUUGGCAAAAGAUAUAGGUCGUCUUCCUCAAGUUCAAGGUCAUCAAGUAGGUCAAGUGCUUCAGGUACCUCUAGUUCGGGGUCAGGACCAGACACAAAAUCUGUCAGGAAAAUUACAACCAAAGACGAUGGAAACCUGAAAACAAAAUCCCCUACCGAGAGAAACCAACUCAAGGAACUUCACGACCAAGAUAAAAGGGAGCCUCAAAUUAGAAAGGACAACAGAGGGCAGCACAUUCAGGGUUCUAAACCAAAUAAGCCAUCGUCCUUCAUGCCACGUUCACUACUGGUGAAAAACAAAACCCCAAAGAUGUCGGCCGAAAAACCAAAGGUUAAGCCUGGCAAGAACGGUGACGCAGAGACAGGGGACAAAGAUGUUAGGCCUGUUGACCCGCGGAGGUCGAGGUGGGACUCGCCAAGUUCGGAGGAAGACGAGAAGACGACGAAAAACAAAGGUGGACCCCAGGAGCCUAAAGAAAGUCUAGAAGACCUGGAGAAGUUUCUUCACUAUCUUAAGACGCAAAAGAAAGAGAAAGACUCGGCUAAGAAGUAGACUUUUGUGGUGUGGGAAGACUGUCAUUCUUUGCUAGAUGAUUCAGUCUACCGAUGUUCUUUGGGAAUAUUUGGGGUUGUACUUUUGUCCACCUCACUUGCGUUUUCAUGACAUGUAAAAAAACACUUUUAUCACUCUCGCAGAUGAACCUGCUGUAGAGAAGAGGGCUGAAAUAUGCGAACUAUUCCAUUAAUUUUGUUUGCGCGCGCGCGCGCGCACACACACACACACACACACGUUGUUUUACGAGUAAAUACAGCACAGAAAACGGGAACCACCUCUUCCUAUUACGGCGGCCUGCUGAACUCUGUAUAGACAAAUAUACACUACACGUGGAAACCGCGUUUUUCUUUUUAGUUAGGACUCAUUAGAAAGUUGACGUUUCAGGGCGACACAAUUUGAAACCUUUACUAAUCGUUGCUCUUUGAAUUAAUAUGCACUAUUUGACUAUUUUUGUGACAAUUGUUUCUGUGUUAUUGCGUCUCGAGACGAAAACGUGGGUAUUGGCUGAUAUAGAUAUACCGCAAGCCUCGAGCGCAUUUGAUUUAAUAGUGGGAUUGUCUCUGCUGGAACAAGUUGUAGUGUGUAUGAAGAAAAUUAUUUUGACUUUCCAGAUAUAAAAAGACAUUUUCUAGUUGUCGAUUAAACUUUAUGUAAAUGUAUGCCCAAAAGAAAAAGAAAAACGGGAUUGAAUGGGAAGCGAACCCACUCCGUCGUGAUUGGCAGCCAAGGACGUUACUACACGGCCAGCAAAUCCUGCUAUCUGAUGUGGUGUUAUUGACAGUACAUGAUACCUGUCACGCAUGCCGAAGCUUUACGAAAAUUGCCGAAGGUAGCAAAUGGCUUCCAAAUAAUAAUAUACUGUUUAACAAUUAUAAUCUAAUUCAAA